UUGGAGUCAUCUUGCAAUACGGACGGAGGAGCCGUUGUUGAUGAUAAUGAAAGUGAUAUAACCCUCACUGAUUCUUCCAAAGGAGAUGAGCAAAGUAGCUGCAUUGGCAUGGCUUAUAUUGCGGUGGUAAGGACCAACGCUGAUUUUGAAUAGGGAAAUGCAAAUGCUAACUGACAUGUUCCUUUAAGAUGCCGCAAAUCGAGCAAAUUUAUUGUGAUUAUUGUAAGCGACAGGAGGGUGCUAUACUUCGUCUACAAGAGCUAGAAGCCAAGCCGGAGGUGCAAGCUUUCUUCAAAGCGUGCCAACAGCAAAUUCAGGACCGUACAACCAGUUGGGAUUUGGGAAGUAUGCUCAUCAAGCCUGUUCAACGAGUACUGAAAUAUCCCUUGCUGCUUCAGCAAAUCCGAACCUUGACACUGCCAACUCACCCAGAUUUUGAAAAUUUGGAACGCGCAAGCAAGGAAAUUCAAGAUGUAGCAGAUCGCAUUAAUGAGAUCAAGCGCCGAAAAGAUAUUGUGGAGAAAAUUGUUGGUGAUCGUCGGCGCACAGACGUUAGCAUGGUACAUGGAAUCAACAAAACAUUUACUAGAAGGGCUCAAAAAUUCAAGCAAGCCACUGGUAUUGCAGCGGAAGGUACACAGGACGCUUUCUUUGAUGCACUUUUUGUCAAAUUUGAAGAACAGCAAGAGUCAGCAAGACAGCUUGCGCGAGAUGUCCAAGGCUGGCUGCGUCAUGUCAAGGAGAACUUUGAAUCCAUGUUCCAAUUGGCUGUUGCUUUGGAGGACUUGUAUACAUCAUGGGGAGGUGUUACGGUGAAGAGCCUGGAGCGGAUUAAAGCUUUCAAGGAUUGUGCUGUUUCAUUGACCACCAGCUUGUCUCGAGAAUUGGAAACGCUGGUCAGAAGCAUCGUUUACUCACGCAUAGACUCAUUUUUAAAACUGUUUCAAAACCCGCAACAAGUGAUACUCAAGCGAGCUAACAAACUCAUCGACCAUGAUCGUGCCAAUGGAAUCAAGGCUAAAGGCGGUGUACCUGACAAAGCUCUACAAGAAUCAGCCGAUGCUUAUCUAUCCAUCAAUGCUCAACUGGUGGACGAACUACCAAAGUUUUUGUUACUGUCGACUCAGUAUUUCAACUUCAUCGUAGAGGAGUUUGCAGAGGUCCAAGCUAAAUUCAACAAGCUCAUGGCUGGAGAAUGGAAACGGUACAUGUUUAAGGGACCGUAUGCCUUCACUGCAGAUGAGAAGAAAUUGGAAUCCAUGACCCUUGAAUCCAUCAUGUCAGAAUAUAAUACUGCAUUACAAGAAUUAGAGCCUUCCAUUCAAGAUAUCGUGGCUAUCAACCCAUCCCAGUGGGAGGAUAUUCCUGGAUUCCAAUCGACUGGCUCCGAUAGUACUGCCUCUACACCUUCCUUACCAGUAAUGGACCAAUACUUUAAUAGUCCGUUUGGUAGUAUGCGAACGCCUUCGCUGCAGAGCUUACCUUUAAGCGAAGGCACAUCGCAUCGAAGAGCACCGCAACGGACAGGAAGCUCGUUUAGCAACGAUGUAUUUUCUAAUUCAAUUUCCCUCGCCCCUCAUGAGGAUUCGUGGAGUGAUUCAGGCUCUUCUGCUCUGGGCGAACGACCGCUAUUUGAACGCAUCAUCGUAUUUGACUGUGACUCGGAUAACCAAGACCAAUUGUCCGUUCGAAAAGGGGAUAUGGUUGCCAUUUGGCAAGCGGAUGAUGACGAGUGGUGGUAUGCUUCUUGCAAACAGACCGGCACAGGGGAGGAAAACUGGGGUUGGGUGCUCGCUGCUGCCUGUAAAUGAGCGUUCGAGAACACCAUCGAAUUGUAUAUACUUUUUUUUUUUUUUUUCCUUUUACUUCUUUUAUUCUAAUGAGCUACCCUUCAGUUGACUGUCGGGCCUAUGCAAU